AGGUGAUUGGUUAUUUCCGUGUAAGUAGCCGAAAUACGACACUUGGUUGAAUUUUGGAACUAAAAAAUUAUUUCUCCACGAACAGAUGUAAUGCUCCAGCCAGACAAACUUAAUUGCUCCAUGCGUAAGCAACUUCGUAUUGCAUAUGCCACUUCAAAGGACUUGGAGAAUUAUCGCAUACGUGGUGGACCAGUCAUACUAAACUUGGAACUCAAACCCAAUAACAAAUACGUUUUCGAACGUACCAGCCACAUGACCUUCCAUACAGGUGUGAAGCCUGAUAAAUACCAUAAUUUCACUAUGAUAUGGACGUCGGAGCAAAUUGCUUUGUUCGUUGAUGGCGACAAGUAUGGCUGCAUUGCAAACAACGGUCAAUAUACUGAAAGUUAUCAUAUCGUUUUGGGCGUCUCUGCUGGUGGGCAUUUAGAAUAUACUGAAACUAAUUCAAAACCAUGGUCGAACGGUUACAGUAAUGCUACACGAGUAUUUCACGAAAGCUUUACUGGUUGUUGUGCCGGAACUGUUGCAAAAGGUGAAUGUACACAGGAAAUUAAUAGAUCAGCAUGUAGCAAAAAUCAAAAAAUGGAGUGCAAACCAUCAGAGCAACGUUAUGUAAAGAGGAGAUGCAGCAAACCAUGGGGUCCACAAUCAACUAUGGCAAUUAAAUGUGUGCGCGUAUAUGCUGUGUAGAACUACGAGGAAGCGAGUAAAUUUGGAAAGGCGCACCUGAAUCAUGUAUCUAUAAAUAAAUAAACAUAUGUAAUUAUGGAACAAGUAUAUAAAAGCUUUAAUGAAAAGUAAACAUAAUAGGGUGAAUACCAAAACGUCAAAAUACAAAGCAUCAGUCUCUUUUAUUUCUAGACCU